AUGGCGGUGAGGGGUAUGAGGAAGCGGGAGGACGGGCGUUUAGCGAGACAAAUUAUUUAUAAUGUAGCCAAGUACAUGCAAAAAGAAAAAGACGAAGGUGUCAUGAACGCUAAUCAGGUUCAGGAUCGAACUGCUAACGCUACUGGCACGUCGGUCCGCACAUCUGAGGGUUCUGAGAAAGAUUUAAAAGCAUCAAAUUCAAGAGGACAGCCAAUUUUCAUCGUCAGUUCGGGAUCUGAAACUGGGUUUCUGCCUAACGCUUUAUUUAUGUUUAAACCAGGCUCAAAGGCACAUGAGAUGAAUUUCACAAACUAUAAGAAAUGGCUAAGCACCAAUAUCAUACCCAAUUUAAAACUCAACUCGGUCAUCGUGGUAGACGAUACAGCAUACAACAAUAAAUUAUCAAAUCCCGCGCCUACACCGUAUUCUAAAAUAGUAGAAAUGCAAUCUUGGUUGAAAAAUAAAGGAAUACCUUACAAAGACGACAUGCUAAAACCACAAUUAUAUAAAUUAAUAUAUGAGAAUGGGGGUACUAAUAAAACUUACAUUAUUGACGAAAUAUUUAACAAACAUAACCACGUCGUCGUACGUGUACCGCCAGCUCAUCCUGAUCUGAACCCUAUAGACAUAGCAUUGGAUACUGCUAAAGGAUAUGUAGCGGAGAAAAACAUGAAUAACAAAACAAGCCACGUAAUGGAACUUGUUAUAGAGAAACUUGAUUUAAUAGAGAAAAAUGAAUGGACGGAUUUGUGUAAAAAAGUAGAAUAUAUAGAAAAUCAAUAUAGAUCUAGCGAUCAUGUUAUCGAUGCCAUGACAGAGGAAUUAACUAUUUAUAAUGCUAAUAGCUCGGAAUCGGAAAGCGAGGCGGACGAUGUUAGCGACGGCUCGGACUCCGAUUUUGAGCCGAACAUGAACGAAGAAAAUGAAUUGUUGGUAGAAAGAAUUCCAAAAAUCGAAUCAACGAGCGACAGUGAUGAUUAA